UCUUAAGGAUAUCGCAUUAGCGCCCAUACUAUAUAUAAACGCUCACCUCGCAGGCAACCAAGAAGGUGAGAUUCCGAAAUUGAUUUGAAAUUAUUCCUUCUCGUCAAUUUGGGUUCCAGUAAUGGCGUCUUGGAACUCAACUCCGCUGGAGGUGCUAUACAACGUAUUGGGAUGGGUUGCGUUUGUGUCGUGGUCUAUCAGUUUCUAUCCUCAGGUCAUCCUCAACUUUCGCCGGAAAAGUGUGAUAGGAUUGAAUUUCGAUUUCGUGGUGUUGAAUUUGACCAAGCACACCUCCUAUCUCAUCUACAACGCUUCACUCUUCUUCGGCUCUGCUGUUCAGAGGCAGUACCGUCAGAAAUAUGGCUUUGAUGAGAUGAUACCUGUAGCUGCUAACGAUGUUGCUUUCUCUGUACAUGCUGUUCUUUUGACGGCAAUAACCUUGUUUCAAAUCGCGAUCUAUGAUAGGGGAACCCAGAAGGUCUCAAAAAGUUGCACUGCAAUUGUGUCGGUUGCGUGGUUGGCCAUUGCUGUUUGUGUGUUCAUUGCUAUACCCAAACAUAGUUGGCUUUGGCUGGUGUCUUGCUUCAACAUCUUGCAGGUUGUCAUGACAGUCAUCAAGUACAUUCCCCAGGCAGUCAUGAAUUUUCGACGAAAGAGCACUGUUGGAUGGAGUAUUGGCAACAUUUUACUUGAUUUACUCGGAGGUCUUACAAAUUAUGGGCAGAUGGCUGUGCAGUCUAUAGAUCAACAUUCUUGGGUGAAUUUCUAUGGAAAUAUAGGAAAGACUUUAUUGUCUCUGGUAUCUGUAUUCUUUGACAUUCUGUUCAUCGUGCAACAUUAUGUGCUCUAUCCUUCCAGAAAGGCAGUUACUUCCGAUGAUGCUGAUGCUGAAGCGGUAAGAAAGAAGCUAUUAAUUAACUCUUCUGAUCACCCACAUGCAGAUGAUGUGUAAUGGUUGAACGGGUACAUGUGUAAUCGUUUAUUCCACUUUGGUAAGCACUUGACGAUAGGGAGAAAAACAAAACAAUAUUUUGCGUUAUUUGUAUACAUGUGUUCCUCGCAGUGGAAAGACUGCAAAGCUGUUUUUUUUUAUGUGUUGAUAAAAAUGAAAUGAAAACAGAAGUGUUAGUUAUAAAUUGGAGAUUACAUA